AUGCGCUUCGAGGGCGCGGAACGGCGCGACGCCGUUGCCUUCCAUCCGCUGCUGGCGCCGCGCCCGAGCGACUUCUCGGUGUCUGCCCUGCUGACGGCAGGGGCACUGCCACCGCCACCAUAUCUUCCCGCGGCGCUGGCCGCCGCCGCCGCGCUGUCCGGACCUUGUCCGCUGCUCAAGCCGCCGCCGCCGCCUUACGCACCGCUGCCUCCCGACGACGACGGCGUCGUCGACGACCCCAAAGUGACCCUCGAAGGCAAGGACCUCUGGGAGAAGUUUCACAAGCUCGGCACCGAAAUGGUGAUCACCAAAAGUGGCAGGUCAGUACGGGUCCGCUGCGCUGUCGUCGCUCGUAUCUGUGCGUACCUCCAGCACGAUGUCUUACGUGAUCUGAGUGUAGUGUGUGUCCAGUUUACGAUCUUCAUGCGUUACGGUCAUAGCGGUAAGUCGAUUCGAUGUAGAUGUGUGCCUAGCCGUCUAGAACGAUGUUUGUAG